GUGAAACAACGCGUAUUAAUAAACGGUUAGUGCUGAAAUAAAAUAAAAAAUAUUUUUGUGAAAUUUUAAUAAUAUCGUUUAUUGAACACAGUAAUUUAAAGUGCUAUAGUUAAUUAAUUAAUUUCAAAAUGGAUAUUAAGGUAUCAGAAAAAGAAGAAAAUGUAAAUUUAACUUACAUUAAUAAUGAAUUCACACCCCGUAUGCAGCAAACAAAAUUGGAUACUGCUGGGAUCACAACUACAUCAAAUAUAUGUGCUAGAGUGACGCCGUUAGACAAAAAAUGUUUCGAACAUGAAAAUGACGAUGGCGCUAGUUGUAUCGAAAAAAAAUUUACUGACGAUGAAAGGAAAGAUUCUGGUUGUAGUUCAAUGGUGGGAGGACAAACUAUUUCUGAAUCUGUUAAAGAUGGAAAUUCUAAGUUAUAUAAAUCUGGUCGAAAAGGUAAUUGCAACCGAAAAAAUAAAAGAAAACGGAGACGUGGCAAACAAAAAACUAAUUCAAAACCUUUUAAGAAGGAGAAUUGGAAAUUUCAAAUGCCACAACGUUAUAGAUCGAACUCAAAUCCAACCAAUCUAGCUAAUAUGACGAACGUUUUGAGAAAACAAAUUCAACGGCAGAGAUCUAUUGUUCCGUAUAAUACAAAUAAAUUUCUAAUGGAAGAACAUCUAGCUGAAGUUCCAAAUGCUCUAUUAACUCCAAAUGGAAGAACUAGGGACUCAAGUUUUUCCGUUGAUUCAGAGGAUAAUUAUUUUUUUUCUUUACCGGAGGACGAGGAAGAUUUUUUGACAAAAGAAUUUUCAAAUGUAUAUGAAAGAGCAAGAGUUGAAAGGCUUGAAAAUAUGAACAAGCAACAAUUAAUUGAAGAAUGCCUUCAAAUGGAAGACCGAUGUUCACAAAUAGAUUCUAAACAACAUGAAAAAUACUGUGCGGAGUUUAUGAGUAAGAUUAAGUUUCUUGAAGAAAAAAUUCAACGCUUAAAUAGGGAAAAUAAUGAACUACGACGUUUGUUGGAACAUUCAAAUGAUUUAGAUGAUACUACCAAAUUAUCGCACAAAAGCAAUAAAUCAGGCAACAGAAUGUGCUCUAGUGAAGAUAGUGAAAGUGAUAGUUCUAGUAGUGGUAGUAGUAGUAGUGGCAGUUGCAGUUCAUCAUGUAGUACUUCUAGUAUAAGUGAUUUUAGUCCGCCAUCUUCUCCCUCAAGCCCAAAAACACAUUCAAAAGAACUUAAAAAUGGAUCACAGAAUAUGGACACUGAUGAGCAAAUUGAUAACAAACACCAAGAAAAUACUGUUCAAUCUGAGGAAAUAUCUGUAGUUCCCAACCAAAUACAGCAAGAUUUGCAAAUGCAAACCCAGUUAAGCACUCAAAACAGUGCUGAUCAAAAUCAGUUAUCAUUAAAUGUUAAUGGAGAUAAUUCCCAAAGCGUUUAUAAUGGUACAGAUUUACAUCACAAUGAUAAUAAUGAAAAAAAUUAAUUUUAUUGAAAAAAAUAAGAAUAAAGUUUUCACUUUAUUCAUAACGUGUUUUGCGUAAAUUAUAUUACACUUUAAUAUAGCCAUCAAUAAAAAUAAAACAUUUUCUUGUAGCCAAAAUAAUUAUUAGUGUCAUUUGGAUCACAAUAAUUGUAUGUUAUUGGUUUAACUAUAAAAUUUUAUGUUUUUCAUAUUUUCAAAAAUUUAAUCAUCAGAAAAAUAUUAAUUUUAACAUAUUGUAAGACCUCUA